UUUUGACGAGCAAAACAGUCUGACAACUCUGGCGACGGCAAGGCGAAUGAAAAUUGGCUAAACAGCAAGCCGAGUGAACACAAUGGAAUUGUGUUAACAAUAACGCACAUACAAUGCCACUCGCGUCGCCUAGCUAACUCUGUUAACCUCCUCAUCAACAUUGGCCGUUAGCAGCUUCCACCAUUGCAUUCGCAUCAUUCACUCACUGCCAGGCACAGCAAGGAGAGCAAUCAAACAUGCCCAUGAGUGAUGUGGCUGCAGCUUUAAUCUACACGGAGCAAGGCAACGGCAAACACGCCAAGUCCCAACCAACAACGAUAGCAACAACAACAACUGGAGCCACUGCAGCUGCAGCAGCCGGCAUGACCAACUCCUCCUCUAAGUCGGAUUCAAUUGGUGGCGCUGCUGCAGCUGCCGCUCAGCUGGGCAACAUGCGAGCGCCUUCGCUGAGCAGCAUGCAGGGCCAGAAGUGGCAGCAGGUCUUCGACCUGGAUAAGGUGAUCAAGCAGCUACGCGCAGCGGAGAAGACACACCUGCGCGGCAACAACAAGGCCUCGUCUGCCGGCGGCUCUGCUGCUCCGCAUGUGGUGCAGGUGCAGCGUCUGAAUGCCUCCGACAUGGCCUACUAUGACAUGGUGCCGAAGCUGGCGGCACGUGACAUUGUCGUGUGCAACGCUUGCAAUGGCAGCUACACCAAGGCCGGUUUCAACAAUCACAUCGCACUGCAGCAUCCCAGCAUCUGGGAUGCGGCACCCAACAAGCUGAGCAGUAGCGCCGCCGGAGCGACGGCGGCAACUGUUGCUGCCGUCGCCGACAGCAGCCAAGAUGGCGAGCUGUUGGGCUCACCCACGGACACGCUGUCGGCGACCAUGUCCAGCUGCUCGAACGGCUCCAGCAGCUCUCUGGCAGCUAUCAAUAAUAGUAAUAACACCAAUAUCAGUUCGGCCUCGUCUUCGUCGUCGUCGCGUCAUAAAAGCAGCAGCAGCAAGAGUAGCAGUUCCUCAAAGACCGGCAGCAGCAGCAGCAACAGCAGCAGCACUGGUCGCUCCCGUUCCAAGUCAUCCAAGAAUCGCCACCACUCGGAUGUGCACCACACUAAGGUGGGUGGCUCUAAGAAGAGCAGUGCCAUAGCCACCGCUGCCACAGCACCGGCACCCGUUGCAGCAGCAACUGUUGCUGCCGUCAAGGAGGAGCUGCCAGCAGCCGGCGCACAGCCCGCUAUAACAGUCUUCUCCUCGUCAUCGAAUUCUUCGUGCUCGCUGCCGCCGACGCCGGCAACAGUUGCUGGCAAUGGCAACGGCAACGAGCACGGCAUCAACUACUCACCCGCCAACAACAUGCUGGACGARCAGCAGCAGCAGCAUCAGCCCAGCAAGAAGAAGGUAUGGCACAUAGGUAUACGAGUAACAUGUAACAUUUAAUGCACUUGCCCCAAAUCUUUGCAGCUGAAAGCGACCGGAUCAGGCGAAGCCACAUCCCAUCAUCGCAGCAAACCUGCCAAGGAGAAGCAACUAGCGCCACUCUACGAGCAGCAACAGCUGAGCGAACUGGAUCAGGCAGUCUCCUCCAUCACUGGCCAGGUGAAUGUGGAGCAGCUGCAGCAGCGCCAUCAAGUCGACCUCUCAGCCGCCACCGAGGAGGCACUGCCCCUUAUGCAGAACGCAUCCGAUGAUAAUUCCAUUUCGCUGACUCUGGACAUGCUCGACAGCAAGUUCAUCAAUGAAAUCCUAAACACUGUCGAGUCGGACCUGCCCUUCGACGAGAGCGCUCUAGACACAUCCCAACAGCAGCAGCAACAACAGCAGCAGCAACAGUUGUCAGCGGAUCAGCUGGAGCCGAAUACGAAACGUUUGCGCUUUGACGACGGCACAAUUCAAGCCGAUGCAGCGGAAUAUGCAGCAGCACUCUACCAACAGCAGCAGCAGCAGCAGCAGCAUGGGCAACAGGUGUACACUGAGGAGCCCCAGCAGACACAACUGUCUGCCAUGGAUGCAAUGCAGCUGCAGCAGCUGAUCUAUCAGCAGCAGCAAAUGCUUGAGCAGGCAGACCAGCAGCAGCAGCAACAGCAGCAGCUGAAGCAGGAGGAACUGCAGGCAGAGGCAACAGCGCAAUUCAGUGUCUACAAUGUGCCCUCGCUGACGGACGAUGUGGAGGAGACGACGCAGGUGGCCGGCGACGAGCAACUGAUGCUGCCCAGUAUUAUCUAUGAGAUUACCGACAAUAACCAGGUGUCUGUCCUGGAUCAGCAGAGCCAGCAGCAGGUCAUAGCCGAGUUUCUCACCCAGGCGGGCUACGACAAUGUCGACGUGAACGUGCUGCAGGAGGGCGUCAAUGUCGGCGGCAGCGGCGGCAAUCAGAUGAUGUACGAUGAGCUGGGCGAAUUUGAUUUUAGUAAAUUGGAGACUGUUAGCGGGGAUGCCAACAACCACACAAAGACUGUCAAGCUGGAGAACAACCAGCCACAACAACAACAUCAACAACAACAACCACUACAACCAACGGGUGGCAACAGCAACGGGUUCAACCACUUUGAGGGCGUGUUGCACGCCCAGCCACAUCGCCAAUUGGCCAACGCCAAAUACCACGAGGAUUCAACGUACUUUAAUAUGACACUAUACUCGGGGCCACCCCGCCCCCUGGCCAUGAACACCUUCGGUCUGGUGAAGCUGCCCAAUGGCAUGGGCGCCACGUUGCGCAAGAAUCUCCUAACUACUCGCAAGGCCAACAACAGUUUGCUCUCGCUCAAUGGCAGCAGUGGCGUCGUGGGCACCUUGGCGCGUGCCCCGCCUCCGCCGCCAACUGUCAAUUGCAACGGCAGCAGCAAUGGCUCGCAGCAGCUGUUGCUGCCACGCGUCGCUGCCGGUCAGGGCAAGACAAUCUAUGCCCAGAGAUGCAGCGUCAUAGCACAGGAGCGACUGCGAUGCAACAAGCGGGCGUUGCUCAGUAAACUGAGCAACGGCAGCAGCCACAGCAACAGCGCUGGCAACAUGACAGUGAAGCGCCUGCAGGAGUUGCUGGCGGGCAAACUGAAGCCGGAGAAGGAAAAGGAGAAAGAUAAGACGGACUAUAGCGAAGCUAGCGAGCAACAGCUGCAACAGCAGCAGCAGGAGGAGAACAAGCGCAUGCACAGUUUCUAUGAGAAACGGCGCAAGUUGCUCGCCACGCGACAGCAUCGACAUUUGCCUAUUGGCGGCGGCGGCGUCAGCAACAAUCGCCCGUUUAAGCGCCAGCGGCCCAUGCAUUUACCGCUGCAGCUGCACGGCCACAGCAACAACAGCAGCCACAGCAACAACAAUGCCAUUGGCAGUCCGCAGCAACAGUUGCUGAAGAAGCAGCUGUUGCGCACCUUGUCCGACAGCAGCAACAUUCAACUGACUGCAACAGCAACAGCAGCGCCUGUGGGCGGCAAUGGCGGCAGCAGCAACAAUCCGUGGAAGAGCAACAGUUCCACGCCGGGCAGCAAUUCGGCGGGCAGCGAUCUAAUGCGUGUAUUUGUCUGAAUAUAUACAAAUACUUAUACAUUAUACAAAAUAUGCUAAAUGAUUA